UCUCUCUCUCUGCACCAGUCCUCACCUUUCUGCUUGUCCUGGCUGUACAUGUGUCCGUGUGUGUAUGAGUGUGUUGGAUGUCCACCGGUGCACUGCUCACUUGAACUCUGUGGUUAGGCUGUGGUCCUGCACUCUCUCUGCUUUGACCCGUUUGGACGUUUUUGAAUGGAGAGUUGAUGAAUGAGACUAAAGCACUAGAAGAUGUACUACGUGAAAAAGAAGUCCCAAUACAACUUGCUGAGCAGCAGCAUGGAGAGCCUGGGGAGCCGCGCGACGUCCGCCAGCCCCUACAGCUCGGAGAACGCCUCCUCGUCGGCCGUGCCCACCCCCUCGCCCUACUCCCAGCCCAACUCAACCUUUGAGGGCCUGUCACCUGCCCCGGCCAUCCCCUCCAACACUGACUACCCCGGGCUGCACACCUUCCAGGUGUCCUUCCAGCAGUCUAGCACCGCAAAGUCUGCCACAUGGACUUACUCUCCCUUGCUGAAGAAGCUCUACUGUCAGAUCGCCAAGACCUGUCCAAUCCAAAUCAAGCUGUCCUCCUCUCCUCCUCAUGGCAGCAUCAUCCGAGCCAUGCCCGUCUACAAGAAGGCAGAGCACGUCACCGAAGUGGUCAAACGUUGCCCCAACCACGAACUAGGACGAGACUUUAACGAUGGUCAAGCAGCACCAGCCAGUCACCUGGUCCGGGUAGAAGGGAAUAACUUGUCUCAGUACGUGGAUGAUCCUGUCACUGGCCGGCAGAGUGUCUUCUUGCCGUAUGAGGCUCCACAGGUGGGGACUGAGUUUACUACCAUCCUUUAUAACUUCAUGUGCAACAGCAGCUGUGUGGGCGGCAUGAACAGAAGACCCAUCCUCAUCAUCAUCACGUUGGAGACCAGAGAGGGUCAAGUGCUGGGCAGAAGGUCAUUUGAAGGUCGCAUAUGUGCGUGUCCUGGCCGAGACCGCAAAGCAGACGAGGACCACUUCAGGGAACAACAGGCCCUACAUGAGAGUGUGGCCAAAAAUGGCAACGCCAACAAGCGCAAUUUCAAACAGAGCCCUCCAAAUAUUCCCAGUCCGAAUAUUAACAUGAGGAAGAGGCGGCAUGGAGAAGAAGAGAUUUACUAUAUUCCUGUCCGUGGACGAGAGAACUUUGAGCUGCUGAUGAAGAUUAAAGACAGUUUGGAGCUGGUGGAGCUGGUGCCGCAGCCACUGGUGGACUCCUACAGACAACAAACGCAGCAGCAACUUCUGCAGCGGCCGAGCCACAUAGCAUCCCCCUCUCCUUACUCUCCGCUGUCCAACAUGAACAAGCAAAAUGUCCACGGAGGCCUCAACAAAUCUCCCUCGGUCAACCAGCUGGUUGGGCAGCAGUCCCAGCAGCACCCCACUGCCCCCAGCUCCAUCGUGCAUAUGGGUUCAAACAUGCUCAACAACCACCACAUGCAGGGAAAUGGUGAUAUGAAUGGUGGACACAGCAGUCAGACUAUAGUGUCUGCCUCCCACUGCAGCCCGCCCCCUCCGUAUAACCCUGACCCCAGCCUUGUCAGUUUUCUAACCAGUCUGGGCUGUCAGAACUUCAUUGAGUACUUCACCUCCCAAGGCCUCCAGUCCAUCUACCAUCUCCAGACUCUCUCCAUGGAGGAUUUAAGUGCCCUGAAGAUACCGGAGCAGUUUCGCCUUGCCAUCUGGCGAGGACUGCAGGACAUGAAGCAAGUUGCUCCCCUCCAACUGCCUGCCUCCACUCAUCACCAUGACUACCACGGCCAGCAGCUUCUUCGCUCCAGCAGCAACAUGACCGCAUCUGCCAUGGCGGCCAUUGGGGCUGCCAGCGGGGAACUCCAACGCCAGCGCGUCAUGGAGGCUGUGCACUUUCGUGUUCGCCACACCAUCACCAUCCCCAACAGGCCGGGUGUCGUUGGGACAUCAGGGAUGGCAGCAACCAAUGAUGAGUGGGCUGACUUUGGUUUUGACAUGCCCGACUGCAAGCUGUCGCGUAGUAGUAGGCACUCCAUCAAGGAGGAGUUCAUGGAAAGUGAUGUUCACUGAGCCUGGAGAGCAUAUUUGGAUCCAAUCUUGUUGCCAGCAUUAGCCUAUUUACAAAGUAAAUCCAUGUGCUUUCAUGGUUUUGCUGGCAUAUUCCCGUCAGUGAUAUGACACAGAACCAAGUUCUAUUUUGGUGGACAUUUUAAUGCAGUUCCCUGUGAUGGAAAAAGUUGUAAGACCCACACAUUUGGUUAAAAAAAGGACAUCUCAGGCCUAAAUAGUAAAUGCCAUUGCGGUGAUAGCAUUAUGAUGUCAAUGCUAAACACAUCUCUGGAAUACACUUUUUUUGACCCUGAUAGGUGCAUGUUAGUGAAAAAAAAUGUCGGACUGUGGAUUAGCUGCUCAUCUUAAGUUUUUUUUUUUAUUAGUAUCUACUACAUUCAUACUGAAAACAAAAUGUAGCAAUUUCACUAUCGCACAAAUGUCACAGUAAAAGAAUCACCAAUUCGCAAUUUGCUAGUUCAAAUGUUGUGUUUAAAUACAAAGUUAAUUCUCUGCUAAAUUAUUUAUUGUUAUUUCCGUUUUCCUUAACUGUACAAAUGUUUAUACCGUAUCUUGUAAAUGUUUUAGACUACAUGUGGUUGAAAAGGGGUAUUUUGAUUCAAAAUAGUGGAUCUCCUGUUUGAAGCAAAUGUAAAGAACUAAUUGGUAAAUUUUGUAAAACUUGUAAAACCAAACUAUGGAAAUACAUAAUCAUGCAUAUUUGUAAUGGCUAUGAUAUGGUAUGGAUAUUUAAUUAAGUAUGCCUAAUUCAUUUAUUUGUUUAAUGGGGUUUGGUAUUUAUAGUGUGCAUUCAUGAAAACAAAUGGAAAUCACAGUCAAACAUUUCUUUCAUUGCUUUUUUAUGAAGUCGUGGGGAAUACUGUUAUACAGAAUCACAUGGCAAAACACAUGUGACAAACUAUCAAAACAGUAUUAUAUUUUAAUAGCAAGAAUUUAAUCGGAAUGUUGAAUAAUACAUUAAGAAUUGCAUCCCUGUUUAGACACUAAAAAACUGUAGCAGUUGUGUUGUUCUUUGUGUAUUUUGAAAAACCUUGCAGGGCAAGGUCCUCAUGUAUUGAUUAUAGCUAGAUGUGAACCUAGUAUGUAUCUUCAUGGGACAUGUUUGUGGAUAUUUAAUAGCAACAUUCCAGUUUCAUUUCUAGAUUGACACCAUUAAUCAUAUUUUAUAGCAUUCUAAUGGUGUCAAAUAUGUUGGAAGUAACUACUUGACUUUGUACCAUGAUAAUAACUUUUAUGGUUGCACCUGACAUGCAUUGGAUUUACAAAUACUUUCUCACAUACAAAGAGACACAUGACUUUGCCCACUUUCCACCAACUGGUCAAAAAGAAGCACUUUAAUGCUUUAAAAGUUAAAUAAUUGAGGAUUAUUUGUGCUUGUGAUCAGUAUUAUGAAUUAUUAUGCAUGUAAAAAGAAAUAGUGCCUGUUUUUUGUUAUCAUUUUUGUAUCGAUCAUUCAGACAUGUAUCUAUAUAACUAUUGCUGUUCAUUCAUGUUGAGUAGUUUCUGAUGUUAAGUUUGGUGUUUUCUUUUCUCAAAUUAAUGGCUAUUAAAAUAUUUGCUUUCCUUUAAUUAAUGUGUCUCUUUUUCAAAGUAAAAA